AAGAACCCCGCCGGGCCUCCGUGGAUGUGAGGGAGGAGGUUUGGUGGGGCGGGACGUGCCUGCGCCCGGACAGGCGAUCAUGUUCUGAAUCAGGUCCUGUGGGAACGUCCAUCCAUUUGGAAAAACCAAUAAAGUCAAAUCCCUACCUCCGCCCACAAAGAUAAACCUCAAGAUGAACGACCAAAAAUCAGAGCACACGACAAGUGCGGCGCCCGUGGCGAGAGCUGCCCCUGCUCCGUCGGUCCCCCGGUGGCUGGUCCGAGGUAAGUGGAGGAGGAGUUGGGAGGAAAGCGUUGGGAAUCGGACAUGGAGUCCCCGACCCCGGAGGCUGGCCCUGUGACUGGAGGCUGGGGCCCCAGGAGGCCAUGGCCCGGGAGAAGCUGAGAGUGGAAGAGGAGAAGAAGGUGAAGCUUGAAAGAUUUAACAGCUCCAGAGUCCAUCUGGAGACGCUGGCUGACCUGGAACACUUGGUUCAAAGACGGAGAGAGAAGCGACUGAGACGCAGAGUCCCCCCCAGGGAACCUGAGCCCGUGGUUAAGCAGCAGCAGCCCCCGGCCCAGCUGGAGCCUGUGGCCCUGGAGACGUUCCUGAAGGCAGCUGCUGAAAACCAGGAGACCCUGAUUGACAAGUACCUGGCCGACGGCGGGGACCCCAAUGCCCAUGACAAGCUCCACCGCACUGCCUUGCACUGGGCCUGUCUGAAGGGUCACGGGCAGCUGGUGAGCAAGCUGCUGGCGGCAGGUGCCGCCGUGGACGCACGGGACUUGCUGGACAGGACCCCUGUGUUCUGGGCCUGCCGUGGAGGACACCUGGACAUCCUCAAACAGCUGCUUAACCAGGGGGCCCAGAUCAACGCCCGGGACAAGAUCUGGAGCACCCCCCUCCACGUGGCCGUGCGCACGGGGCACUCUGACUGCCUGGAGCACCUCAUCGAGUGCGGAGCCCGCAUCGACGCGCAGGAUAAGGAAGGCGACACAGCCCUGCACGAGGCUGUGCGGCAUGGCCGCUACAAAGCCAUGAAGCUGCUGCUGCUCUAUGGAGCCAAGCUGGGCGUGCAGAACAUGGCCUCCCUGACGCCGGUGCAGCUGGCGCGAGACUGGCAGCGGGGCAUCCAGGAAGCACUGCAGGCCCACAUCGGGCAUCCCCGCACCCGGUGCUGACGACAACAGACCUGUGGGGUCACUCAGCCACCAUUCCAUCCCUUGCACCUCCUGCGUUUCUGCCCCCUCCACCCCCAAACUCUUUCCUGCCCUGGGCCCGAGUCCCCCCAGGGCUUCACUUCCUCAGGCAGCUGUCAGGCCCCAGGAGCAGCCCCGAGCCCAGCAGGUGGCAAGCAGGCCUCUCCGUGUCGGGCUGCGCUGGGCCGGGCUGGAGAGAGGACCACAGGACCGCAAAGCGGGGCCAGAGGAGGGCCGGCGGGGUGCAGCAGAAGGGAACGGCCCUGGGCUGGCUGCUCGAUGCCCUUGGUGUCCACAAACCCCCAGGCCGGGAGCUGUGCCCUUGCUCAAUCGCCUGUGGCAGCAGCUGCUAUCCAGGAUGGACGGGAGGCGAUGGAUGCAGGCCAUACAGGUGCCAGGCACGGCACGGCGUGGCUGCCCGAUGCCCGUGGGCAGGGUUUCUCCAGAGAACUCCAGUCCCGUCAGCAGCAGCCCUGACAGGGUCUGGAAUGGCUCUGGCACUCAGUCUCCAGGCCUCUGGAGGUGGGCUCUGGCCUUCUCAAAGCGCUGCCCAACAGGUUUGGGCCCACAGCAGGCCAGACCCACCAGGCUGCCUCAGAAGUCCCAAGUCUGAGGAGCCAGAGAUAAGGCGCUGGGGAAAGCUUUCGCCCACUGUCUGAAGGCCUCUGUCCACUGCCUCCUGCACUGUUGCUGGUGGCUCUUUUUUAGGGGUGUAGGUGUAAAGGGCCUGGGUGCUGGGGAUUGCCUGUGGCCCACCCAACUCUUGGGGCGGUGGCCCGUAACCCUAGUUUGCUCUAGGCUUUUUGCCCACCCAACCCCUGGACUGGAGCUCCAGCCUGGACCCUGCAGUUGCCUGCCACUCCCAUCCUGCCUUCGAGGCGGGGCAGCGAGGCGCACGCCUCCCCCGUCCCGUCUGCUGACGGGGCAGAAGGAGGACCUCACCCCACACACUCUGUCCUAUUCCAAUGUCCUGCAUGUCAAGUCUCACUGGCGCCUACUGCUGGUGGGGCUGGGUCUUUAAGCGCCAGAGAGUGAAUCCUGAACAGCUGUCCUCAACUGAGACCCCAGGCUGAGGGAAGGGCUGGCCGGUGGAGGCACAGCCUCCCUCGUGUGGUCCUGGGCUCCACGCGGCACCUGAGUGGACACCCCUUUGGCGGCAGUUAUUUUGGCCUGCCACCAGUGCCCUUCUCAGGCCAAGAACAAGGCUACUACGUUACUACAUAAAAGCUGACCAGUGCCCCAUGGCACAAGCAACACUACCUUUCCAUGGGCAGCUCAUGCCCUGUGGUGACAGCCAGUGUGCACACACUGGGGUCACGAACGAAACAGACAUCCACGACCAUGGAAAAGACAAGUCCUCAUCCAGGAAAUGAGGACACUUUGCACCUUUUUAUACCAGUCAGUAUCUUCUGUUCAUUAAAGCGGUCGAUCACCCA